AUGGCCUCGCGUGCUCGUGCAUCGCACGGGGGUUGGAGGGCUGGCGCGCGGCGUGCCGGCGUGCCGCUGUUUGCAAGCGGCGCGUGCGGCGCACCAGUCCUCGUGCGUUGCACGGGGGCGGGUGCGUCGUGGCGCUGCGUGAGCGUGUGUGGCGCGGUUGCUGGUCAUCCUAUGUGUGUUGCACGGUGCCAGGCAUCGCACAAGCACGUGUUGCACGGCGGCUUCUUACGCUACUGCCCGUCCUGUCUGCAGGAGUUGCACGGUUAUGCGUUGCACGCGUUGCACGAGUGCAUUGCGCGUGUUGCACGGCUGCAGACAGCUUUGCACGCUUGCGGGCAGCUCACGGCCGUGCACCGUACCUGUUGCGCGACUGUAAGCGGUUCUGUGCUGCGCAUCGCAGCCUUUGCACGCCUGCGGGCAGCUCAGAAUUGUGCUUUGCACAAGCGUGAGCAGCUCUGUGCUGCGUAUUGCACCUGUUGCACGCCUGCGGCUCACGACUGGGCACCGCACGACCGUAGAGGGUUCCCCGUCGUGUAUCGCACCCGUUACACGCCCGUGGGUGCCUGUUGCACGCCUGCAGGUGGUUCUCCGGUGCCCAUCGCACCCGUCGCCCGCUUGCGGGCAGCUCGCCACCCCCCCAGCCUGGUGUACGGGGGCUCGCGGGCGUCGCACCCCGACCCCGACCUGCUGCACCGCCAGCCCUACGGCGCUCCCCACCCGCUCCAGGGCUAUGCCGCCAACCACCACCCCGCAGGGCUGUCGGGGCUCUUCGAGACGGGGCUGCACCACGCCGGCGGCGCGGCGCCCGACGCUUCCGUCAUGAACCUCAUCUCGGCGCUGGAGUCGCGGGCGCCGCAGCCCGGCCCCUCCGCGUCCUCCCUGCUCUCCCAGUUCCGCACCCCCUCCUGGCAGACUGCCAUGCACACGCCGGCGCCGGCCGAGCUGUUCAUCUCGGGAGCUCUGCCGGGUUCGGGCACCUUCCCCUCCUCGUCGGCGCUCAGCGCCUACCAGCACCCGGCUUCCUUCAGCGGGCGCAGCUUCCCGGUCAGCUCCCCGCUCAGCCUGCCCGAGGCCGCCUUCAGCCCCGGCUCCAACGGGCUCCUCUCCCCCCACGACCCCCUGCUCCACAUCAAACCCACGCAGCCCAGCGUCCCCUCUUCUCUGGGUUUCGAACGCCUCGGCAGCGCCGUCCUGGGUUCCGGUUUACCGGCGCAAGGUUCGGCGUAUCGAGGACCGCCCAGUUCUUCCCAGUUUAACCUCCUCUCCGCUCCGUUAGCCGCCCCGGCGGAACAACCGGCUCAGCUCUACAACGCCUCGGUUUUCGGCGGCGGCGGCGGGGAGCGGGCCGUGCCGCGGCAGGACAGCGUCAUCAAGCACUACCAGCGACCGGCGGGCGCCCAACCGCAGUUGCCGCCGGCGGCCCACAGCCUCCAGCACUACCUGAGCUGCGGCGGCACUUACCAGCAAAUGCCGCACCGCGCCGCCCUCUCCUGCAGCCCCUUGGGCGAACAGUCUCCCGCCAGUUCCGAGGGGUCUCAACAACCCCCCAAAAACGCCCCGGCUCCCCGGCCGGAGCCGACGCAGAGCUACCGACCCAUCAUUCAGUCUCCGGCGUAUUCCGGCGGCAGCGGCGGCGCCGGCGGAGCGGCCGGCGGCGGCGGCGGCGCCGGCAACGGCGGCGCCAAAUCCAAGAGUUACUCGGCCUCGCGGCAGACCCCCCGUUCCACCGCCACCCCCAAGUGCCAAAGCAGCUACACCCCCAGCACCCCCAAACCCAGCUCCUCAUCGCCAGCCAGUCCCCCCGCUUAUUCCCCGGGGCAACCCCAAAAUCUCCUGGCCAUGGGGCCGGCCGCCGGCUACGGCACCAACCCCCCGGCCCCGCAAAGCCUGGGGGCCGGCGGGCAGCCCGCCGGGGGCUUCAGCGGCGGGCAGGGGGGGGAGCUGGGGGGCAAAGCCCCCAGUUAUCCGCCCGGGGGGCAAGGCGGGGGGCCGGGGGGCCAGGGCGGGCAGGGGCUGCAGCCCUGCGUCAGCCAGGGCCAGACCUAUUCCCCCGAGCAGCUGCAGGCUCUGCCCUACGGGGUGCAGCCCGAGGGGGGGCAGGCGGCGGCGUACGGCCCCCCGGCCCCCUCCCAGGGUUUGCCCACCGCCAGCCCUUCCCUCAGCUACAGCACCGGCCACUCGCCCGCCAUGCCGGCCCCCUUGCCCUACGCCGGUUUGGGGGGCUCCAGCCCCUCGCCCAUCAUCCGGCCCCUCCAGUCCCCGCCGGCCGCCCGUCCCCAGAGCGGGGCGUCGCCGGGACAGUCCCAAAAAUACCUGGGCUCCGUGUUAUCCCCUUCUUUCAUGGCCCCGGGUUACGGGGGGGGGCCGGCGGGGCUGGAACGGCCCCCGGCGUUCGGCAAAGGGGGGAAAGGGGACGCGGAGCUGCUGGCGGGCGAGCGCAGCGAGGACGAGGAUUUCCUCAUCCAGCACCUCCUGCAAGCCCCCAGCCCCCCCCGCGGGGGCCGAGGGGCUGGGGGCCUGCGAGGAGCGGGGGGGGGGCGGGCAAAGGGCUGGGGGGGCUACGGGGGGCUGGGCAAGGCGGAGGAGAGGUACCAGCUGCAGAGCGUGAUCCGGCCCAAUUCCAACCUGGAGGGGCCGGCGGCGCUGGAGCUGGCUUUGCUGAAAGAAAAGAAGAAGCCCGAGCGAGCCAAGGAGUACCGGGGGGCCGGCGGGGGGGCCGGCGGGGGGGGCGAGGGGCUGGCGGCCACCUCGGUGGUCCACUACGGCCACCAGCCCCCCGCCCUGGAUUCCUACGGGCAGGAGCUGAAGAAGCCGGCCGAGCAUUUGGCCGGCGGCAAGGAGCUGGGGCAGCCCCACGCUUACCUGCCCAAGACCCCCGAGCACGGGCGGCUGGUGGCCGAGGGACCCCCCCUGGAACCCCACGGCCUCCUGCUGGACCCCCCCCCCCGAACUGGGGCGGUACCGGUGGUGCCGGUGGCCGUACCGGUGCCGGGGGGGUCCCUCCUCCCCUCCGUCCUCACCCACACCCAGAGCCAGCUGCACCCCCGUGCCAAGGGCAGACCCCCCCUGGACGUCCAUCUCCUGGAGCAGCAGCGGAUGCCGCCCCCCCCCCGCCCGCCCCCCUCGCCCCAGUUGCUGUUGGAAGCCCACCUGCAUCAAGCCCACGUCCGCUCGCAGGGGCUGGACCCCCAGGCCCCCCCGCCGCUGCCCCCCGAGCCCAUGGAGGUGUUACCGGCCCCCCAGGAGAUCCAAGACUUUUUGGAACCCCCCCUGGGGCUAGAGCCUCACCUGGGGCAGGCCGGGGGGGUCCAGGGACCCCCCGGGCACCUCCUGGACCCCGAGGGGGGCCCGUCGGUGGCCCCCGCUCCCUUGGAAGCCAAGGACCAGUUUGCCGAGGGGGGGAGCCCGGCGGGGGGCAAGGGUCGCUUCGUCCCCCUCACCUCCAUCUGCUUCCCCGACGCCCUGCUGCAGGACGAAGACCGCGGUUUCUUCCCCGGCAUGGAGGACAUGUUCGGCCCCCCCCCCGAGGACUUCCCCAAGACCGCCGAGGAAGAGGAGGAGGAAGGAACCGGGGGGCUGGAGCCCCGUCCCGAGGGGCUGAAGGCCCCCCCCUACGACAUGGGGCAGAGCUACCCGGCUUUCUGCCCCGCCGAAGGGGCCGCCGGCGAAGCCCCCCCCUUGGGCUUGGAGCCCCCCAAACACGAGCUGCCCUCCACCGUCAACGCCGAGCCGUUGGGGCUGAUCCAGAGCACGGGCGAGGGCACCAAGCCCCCGCUGGCCGCCCCGCUUUUUUGCUCCUCCAAACCCAAGAAGCUGCUCAAGACCUCUUCCUUCCACCUCCUCCGCAAGCGGGACCCCUUCCCGCCCCCCAAAAAAACCUACGCCCAGGAGUACGAGUUCGAGGACGACGAGGACAAAGCCGACGUCCCCGCCGACAUUCGCCUCAACAGCCGGCGCCUGCCCGAUCUCCUGCCCGACCUCAUCUCCAGCUGCCGAGCCCGACCCAGCCUCAGCCCCAUGGGGGACAUCGAUUUCUGCCCCCACCCCGGACCCCAUCCCGGACCCAAGAAACGCGGCCGCAAGCCCACCAAACCCAAGCGCGAGGGACCGCCGAGACCCCGGGGACGGCCCCGCAUCCGACCCUUGGCCGAACCCCCCGGACUUUUGGCACCCGACGGCCCCAAAAAGCCGCGGGGACGGGGACGGGGACGGGGCAAGAAGGGCGGCGAGGAGGGGGCCGACGGCAACGGCCUCGAGCCCCUCAAGCCCCUCAAGAUCAAGCUGGCGGUGCCGAAGGGCGGGGAGGGCCCGUUGCUGCCGGAGGGGGGUGGCCCCCCAGCCCCGGGGGCCCCCCCGCCAGGGGCCGAGCCCCCCCUGGACAGCAGCCAGACGCGGGAGCGCAUCAAGCAGAAGAUCAAGGAGGUGGAGGAGAAACAGCCGGAGAUGAAGUCGGGUUUCAUGGCGUCUUUCCUCGAUUUCCUCAAAUCCGGCAACGCCAAGCCUUGCCCCCCGCCGCCACCAGCCCCUCCAAGACCCCUCGCGUCCCCCCCGCCGCCCCCUUUGCCGUCGGCCCCCCUAUUACCGGGGGGCUUAGAGGGGACGGAGAGCGAGGGGCUGGUGAUGGCUUGCCCCAGUCCUUGCAAGCGGCUGGACGAGGAGCUGAAGCGCAACCUGGAGACGUUGCCGUCCUUCUCGUCCGACGAGGAAGACUCGGUCAGCAAGAACCAGGACCUGCAGAAGAGCAUCUCCUCCGCCAUCUCCGCCCUCUACGACCCCGCCGACCGCAAGGACCCCGACCCCGCCGGUGCGUGCUCUCUUCCCGACGUCCUCACCGUCCCGUCCCGUCCCCUGCCGCGCUCCCGGGACCCGUAA